GUGGCCAAGGGUGCAAAGUGGGAAUUACGUAAUGAUGCAGAAGGCGGUCCCAGAGUCCCUAGUGGCUCCGCAAAGGUGUGGCCAAGGAGCCCACCUCCGGGUGCCUGACAGUGGCCACGGUGGUUAAGUGAUGGUGCGAAGAGCAUGCCCAGGACGUGGCAGGGGCUCACAGGUCUGAAGGGGAUUGUAUAUUGCCCAAGAGGAGGGACCAGUCCCAUAAUGCGCUUUCCUGGUCCUGGUCAGGAAAUGGUCUCUAAGCGGCUCGCAGUGUCCGCAGGAAUUGCGUAAUGGUGCAAGGGGGCAGGACUAGUGUUGUAUGGCUACGCCCAGCCUGUAACCAAGAAGCUAGUCCUACUGACCGGGCUCAAAGUGGCUGCAGGAAAUGCGUAAUGUGCAAAGGCUUAGACCAACACUUCUGAUGGCUCCGCCCCAGGAGCUCCUGCACUGGGAGCUCCCGGAGUACGCUAGGCCACGUGACCUAAAGUGGCUCUCCGACGGGGGGCGGGGCAUAGACAGAGCCCUUGUUGGAAUAGACAGGGCUCUGGGAGGCGGAGCGUGCGCAGGAAGCACGUUUUGAGAGCUGUGAGAAUGUUCUGCUGGGCGCGAGCUUGGAGGGUCCCCCGUGGGACAAUCGGUGCCUCCUCUCCCAGGAGUUCGGCGGUUCCUGUCACGUUCAGUAGCAGCCGCAGUAGUGGCCAAGGAAACGCUGAUCCGAGGCCGCUGCCGCUGUCCUAUAAUCUUCUAGAUGGAGACGCGACACUCCCAGCCAUCGUCCUUUUGCAUGGACUCUUCGGCAGCAAAAGCAACUUCAACUCCCUCGCCAAGGCGUUGGUUCAGAGGACCGGCAGGAGGGUGCUGACAGUGGAUGCUCGGAAUCAUGGUGACAGUCCCCACAGUCCAGAUGCAAGCUAUGAGGCCAUGAGUCAGGACCUCCAGGGCCUCCUCCCCCAGCUGGGCCUGGUGCCCAGUGUCCUCGUUGGCCACAGCAUGGGAGGAAAGACAGCCAUGCUACUGGCACUGCAGAGGCCAGAUGUUGUGGAACGACUGGUUGUCGUAGACAUAAGCCCAGCAGGAACCACACCGGGAUCAUACCUCGGAAACUUCAUAGCAGCCAUGAAGGCCGUUGAUAUCCCAGAGAACAUACCGCACUCCCGGGCCCGAAAACUGGCGGAUGAGCAGCUUAGCUCGGUUGUCAAGAUCUCCCCACAGGAAGCGAGCGUUCGGCAGUUCCUGCUCACUAACCUGGUGGAGGUGAAUGGGCGCUUCUCCUGGAGAGUGAACUUGGAUGCCUUAGCUCAGCAGUUGGACAAGAUUUUGACCUUCCCACAGCAACUUGAAUCCUACCCGGGGUCAACUCUCUUUCUGCUUGGUGGAAAUUCUCCCUACGUACCACCCAGCCACCACUCAGCGAUUAGGCGGCUCUUCCCUCAAACCCAGAUUCAGACUGUGCCUAAUGCUGGCCACUGGGUCCACAGCGACAAACCCCAAGACUUCAUGGAUGCUGUCAUCAGCUUCUUGGCUUAAGAAGUAGCUCUUUGGGGCUGGAGAGAUAGCUCAGGGGUUAAGAGCACUGACCGCUCUUCCAGAGGUCCUGAGUUCAAUUCCCAGCAACCACAUGGUGGCUCACAACCAUCUGUAGUGGGAUCUUGGCGCCCUCUUCUGGCGCCCAGGCACAUAUGCAGGCAGAACACUGUACAUAAUAAAUCUUUUAAAAAAGAAA